GUUUCGCUGCGUUCCAAGCGCCAUGAAUAGCGAACCGUAUCGAUGCAAAUAUACGUGGCCAGUCGCAGAUGGUUCACUGGAGAACCAGAUCAAGGUGCAAGUCAGUGAAUCGGUAUCACCCAGUUUUGUACCUCUAGAUGAUUUGCUGGAUCUUGAAAUGUGUUUGGUGCUUUCCGGCACCGAUCGGCCCGACGCAUGUGAAAUGCAAUUAUCCUUCAUACCAUUAUACCUUCCACGUGCCGUGUCGUUGGUCGUCGAAUGUCCUGUCAUAGAAUGCUACUAUGGUCGAUUGAACGAGUACUAUCGCACCUUCCACGGUGAACUAGUGUACACAUUGGAUGAGGUUAAAGUAUUUCGAUUCGACAUCCGUGUCACCAGCGACAUCGACGAGUUGCAGUUAAAAUUCAUCUCUCCCAACGCACAUCCACUCUGUCUGUACGGCACUCGACUAUAUCUGGAGCGCAAUCCAAACCCGCUACGAACAAUGAUGGCUGCCACUGCUGGGAGUCGAAUUAAUGUGGCCAGCGUCCAGCAGCGGUUGCAAAACACGGAACUGUCCGAGAAGGCAGAGAGCUGUAAACGGCUGGUGCUAGGUUCGCUGGGUUCCGGCACACAGAAUGCAGCCAACAAUAAUCCAUCUCCAACGGCAGGCGAUGGGCAGAAAAGCGUGGACAGUAAUUUGGCACAUCUCCUUGGCAAGGUGCUGCAAACGGGCACGGUACCAAACGCAAAUGGUGAAAGCGUCCCUUCGUUAGUGGAAACGUCCAUAAAGCACUACAUAGACACGAAAUUUGUUGAACUGGAGCACUUAAUAGAGAGUAAAUUGUGCGCUUUGGAGCGGAGGCAAAAUGAAAAAUUUGACCGAAUUCUCGGCCUACUCUCAGCCCGGCCGCGACCUGAUCUUUCUCCCGAAAGUACCAAUAGUUUGGCCGUAGAAUUGGAAUGAAAAAAACACUUGUAUGCGAUGCGUACAACUUCGUCGGUGGUUUUCUCUUGCUGGUUUUAUUCAUGCAAAAAAUUAAAUGUAAAUAACAUUUAUCCCUCGUUCUCGAAAAAUCACGGAAAAGACAGAACGUAGAAAGGUUGCAAAUGAAGAAGCGAUGUAUGCUCGCGGUGGGACAUAG